AUGAUUAAGGCUUCCAAGUGUAACAAGGCCAGGGCUUUGUUUUUGGUUAGAACUUCUAUACCUAGAACGUUUAUAAGAAAUGCUACAUCAGCUAUACCAACAACGGUUAAAUUAAAGGAUUUGUCAUCAUUGCCACCACUUACCAAGUCUUUACCAACAAACUUACCCUUCUUGAUGCCUGAUACAUUGCACAAUCUACUUCGUUUUGAUUCAAAGAAGGAGAAACAACCUUCAACGGAUAAGUCAAACGACAAAGACAAACCAAGUCGAAAAGAGAAGGGGAAAGACAAAGAGAAGGAGAAUGAAGAGCGGAAAGAUAUAAAUGAAGAUGAAAAAUAUGACAUCAAAGAAGAAACUGAUUCGAAACCAACCAUUGAUCCCAACAACCCUGUAUCUUCUAAGUCUAGUAUAUCAUCUAGUAGUGGUGGUGCUAACAACAACAAUAACAAUGAUGAUUCAGAUGGUAGAGAUGAUGAUGGAUCACCAAAAGAUAAAGAGUUCUUGUCACCCCUGGAUGCUGGAUUGCACCCACCAUUUUUGGCUAUUGCCAUGAAAGAUCGACCAUUUUUACCGGGAGCAACACGUCAUCUUCAUGUUACUGAUCCAGAGGUAAUAAAAUGUGUGAACCAUAUGAUUAAUAGUAACAUCAAGAGUCCAUAUUUUGUCUUGUUUCAUGUCCGUGACACUAAUUCUGAAGAUGCUGCUUUAGAUGUUAUUAAGGAUAGAGAUUUUGUUCAUGAAGUUGGUACAUUAUGUCAAAUUAUCAAAACAACUGGAAGUGAAAUUUUGGUAUACCCACACUAUAGAGUUAAGUUAGUGGAUAUCAGUACUCCGAAUUCCAGAAGUGAACGUAUUGAAAUGGAGCAAGACAACUCGCAAACGUCUUACUUGAAAAAAUUCGAGGUUUCGUAUGCUGUAACACAGCAGUUAAAGGAUGAGCCUUAUGACGAACAGAGCAUAACAAUCAAUGCAUGGACUCGAAGAAUUAAGGAGUUGUACGAAAAACUUGCACCAAAGUAUGAACAACCUGAGAAUAAAGAAGAGAUUAUGAAUAACCCUUCGAUGCUUGCUGAUUUUAUUGCAAGCAAAGUACAUGCAAAACCUGAACAAAUUCAACAAAUCUUAGAAUCACUGAAUGUAGAAACUAAAUUGGAGCUUUCUUUACAAUUGUUGCAAGUAGAAGCAGAUGCCGACGAAAUGAGACAAACAGCUCUCAAGAAUAUCAGAGAGCGUACAGAGAAAGCCUAUGCCCAGAGUCUAAUUAAAGAGUAUACUAAGGAGUUGUUGAAAGCAGCUGGUAUCGGUGAGAAUUCAAAGGUGCACAAAUUUGAUGAAAGAAUCAAACAUCUCAAAAUGCCCGAAGAGGCAAUGAAAGCCUAUAAAACAGAGAAGGAAAGAUUGGGGACACAAAGUGACAUGGAGCAAAAUGUCGUUGAAAGAUAUUUGGACUGGUUAACCCAGAUUCCGUUUGGUGUUUAUACUAAAGAUUCCUUUAAUGUCAAGAAGGCCCGUGAAAUUUUGGACAGAGAUCAUUAUGGUUUGAAAGACGUGAAAGACCGUAUUUUAGAGUUUAUCUCAGUAGGUAAAAUUUCGGGAAACGUCGACGGUAGAAUUUUGUGUUUGGCAGGUCCUCCUGGUACUGGUAAAACUUCAAUUGCCAAAUCUAUUGCUGAGGCAUUAAACAGAAAAUACACCAGAAUCGCUGUUGGUGGUGUUCAAGACGUACAUGAUGUUAAAGGUCAUAGGAGAACUUAUGUUGCGUCUAUUCCUGGUAGGAUUGUGACUGCAUUAACUCAAGCUAAAACCUCGAAUCCAUUGAUGUUGAUUGAUGAAAUUGACAAAUUGGAUACUACAUCACAUGGUGGUGCUGCAAGAGCAUUUUUAGAAAUUUUAGAUCCUGAGCAGAAUAAUUCUUUUGUUGAUAACUUUAUUGAAGUGAAAGUGGACUUGUCGAAAGUUUUAUUUGUUUGUACAGCAAACUACCUUGGAUCCAUUCCAGCCCCAUUAAGAGAUCGUAUGGAAAUAAUUGAAGUCAAUGGGUACACCAAGAAUGACAAGAUUGAAAUCACAAAGAGACAUUUAAUUCCCGCAGCAGCAAAAAAGGUCGGAUUGGAAGAAGGGCGUGUGGUGAUCCCAGAUGAAACUAUUUUGAGAUUAAUCGACAAAUAUUGUCGUGAAAGUGGUUUGAGACAUAUCAAGUCAUUGAUCAAUAGAAUUUUUAGUAAAGCUUCCAGAAAAAUUGUAGAAGAAUUGGAAGACACUGAUGCUGAUCCUCAUAGCAGAGAAAUUGUUGAAGAAAGUCUUGUUGCUAAAGAAAAUGAAAGUGUAAUAUCAGACAAAGCAAAGAAGGAUGCAGGAAGCUCAUCAAUAGAAUCUAACGAUAGCAAUACUGAAGCUAAAGUAAGUACAACGACAGAAAAUGAAAAGAAACAGGAACAGAAACAGAAACAGGACGAAGAAAUAAAGAAAUUGGAUUUACCAGCAGACUUGAAAAUAGAAGUUAAACCAGAGACAUUGAAGGAUUUUGUUGGGCCUGAAAUUUACAUAAAGGACAGACUCUAUGAAACUUUGAAUCCUGGUGUUGCAACUGGAUUGGCAUAUAAUACAUCUGGAGAUGGUGAUGCAUUGUAUAUUGAAUCCAUUUUAACUGAUUCCAUUAGUUCGGAUCUUGGAAAUGCUGGAUUGCAUGUUACUGGGUCAUUAAAGGAGGUGAUGAAAGAAUCUGCGUCUAUUGCAUAUUCUUUUGCCAAGCAAUUCAUGGUAAGACAGUUUCCCGAUAACAGAUUUUUUGAAGCAGCUCACAUUCAUGUCCAUUGUCCAGGAGGAGCAAUUCCAAAAGAUGGUCCAUCAGCUGGUAUCGCCUUUACUUCGUCAUUGGUCUCUUUGGCGUUGAAUAAAUCAUUGCCCAACGAUACUGCCAUGACUGGUGAAAUUACAUUGACUGGUAAAGUGUUGGCGAUAGGUGGCUUAAGAGAAAAGUCGUUGGGUGCUAAAAGAGCUGGCUAUACCAAAAUCAUUUUCCCUAAAGAUUGUGAAUAUCAGUUGGAUGAAAUUCCAGACGAAGUGAAGGAGGGACUUACUUAUAUUCCAGUGGAAUGGUAUAGCGAAGUAUUUGAACAUUUAUUUAAGGGGAUUUCGAAAGAAGAAGGAAACUCAGUUUGGAAAGAAGAGUUUGCCAAAUUAGAAGAGAAGAAGAAGAGUAAAAAAACUCAUACCGUAUAA